AUGAAAAAAAUAACCAGUGAACUUAGUCGGGUAGACAACUGCCGCUUCCCUCGAUGGGGACCCCAGAACUCAACCCACUACUGGCAGGAAAUGUACUCGGCAUGCCAGAUGACCGUCUGCCUCGCAAUGCUCUUUUCACCCAUUCCUCUGCUGAGUAGAAGCGACAUAGAGGUGGACAGUACGGCCAGGGAACUUUACGUCAAAAUCGGAGAGUAUAGAAGAAAGAUAAACAGGUCGCCGAGAAACGCGGAUGAAUAUCAAGCGUUACUGAAAGACUCGGCAAUCGCGGAACACGCACUCGACACGGGACACAAAACAGAUUUAGAAAAUGUUGAGGUUUUGAGGCGAGGACCAAGAUUCACGUCACAUGGGCUGGUAGCUGAGGCGGUAGAAAUCGCCAAGCAUCCCAGUGUUAACAGAAUAGAAGGCGGGGAACUGGCAAGCAUGUGGACAACGGCCUCGGAUCAGUCGAGCUGA